AAGUAAACAACAACAAAACUCAAAUUUAAUGCUCACAACACAUAAUUCACAAUCUCAACUCAGUUUAUUUGGAUCGAAAAAAAAGUAUAUAUAAAAUAAAUCUAUUUGGUGUAUGUGCUAAAUGUAAUUUAUAUCGUGCCCGUGUUUAUCCUCUAUCACACAGACAAAAAACAAGCAAAGACGAGAAAAAAAAGGUUAGGCAAACGAAAUCUGUUGUUCUUCAGCCUUAUAGUGAAAAAGCCAUUAAAUCAAUGUGGCAAAACGGUUGCAAAAAGAAAUAGUGCAACGUUUGUAUCACAGCAAAAACGUUCGAGAAAAACGAAAAUUUUAUUUAAAAACCAAAAAAUCAACUGAUGACAUUUUUGCAACAAAACUCAUAGAAUAUUUUUCAAUAGAGUCAACGAGAUGUGCUAUCAAAUGAACCAGUUCGAUAAACCAGUGUGGCCUAUUUCCAGUGUGUGAAAAGAGCGCGCGGGAUACAUAAUAUUUAAUGCACGAACGCAUUUGAAGCAAAAGUGUUAGCCAACGCUUGAAAAAUUACUUACAACAAAAACAACAUUGCCACACCGUACAAACGCAUCCACAAUUCGCAGGAAUGAAAAGGAAAAUCAUAUAACAACUUGCAAAAAAAACAUACCUUCUUUAGUUUCCAUUUGAAGUUGCGUUGUUCAUUUUUGAAUUAAUUCUUCAUUUAUUUCAAUCGUUUCUGUUUGUUCGGAAUAUAACCAAAUAUUCUUCCGCCCCCAUCCCGUUUGUUUCGUGUGUGUUUGUGUGUAUAAAAUCGUUAAAUAAAAAGAAAGAAAGAUAUUAAGAAACAAAUUGAAAUAAUCAAAAAGGAAAAAAAAAGAAGAAGGAAAAGAAGUUUUAUUUAAAGUAGUAUCAGUUCAGUAAACUUAAAUGGAUGCAACGAUGACAUCAUUACCAGUGGUACCGUCAAAAUUUUACCAAGUGUGUCGACUGUGUUUGACCGUCGUCAGUGACACCAAUGACUUGAUGAACUUAUCAGUGUUCGGUCGUCACAAUGCAGGUUACAUUGGAAGUACUGCAACCAGCGCACAAACCAACAAUGCCAAUGAGGACAGUAUGAUUGUCACCGCAUCAACCAAUAACAAUAACAGCAGCAGUAGCAGCAGUGGCGUCAUUGUUAAAACAGCCAACAGAAAAAUUUCGUCCCCGACCAAUGAACAUUUAGCCAGUAAUUCGGUUACCAACAAUGCCAGCGAUAAUGAAGCAGCUGCUUGUGGUCAGAGCACCACAAUUCGCGGCGGUGGUAGCAGUAGUGACGGCGGUGAUGAUGAUAACAACAAUUUCAAAAUUGAUGGUGACCUACACCACGCGGAUAUACUCGAACGCAUUUACAAUUUUCUAUCAAUUACGGUGUCACCAAACGAUGGAUUACCGGCGAUCGUAUGUAAUAUGUGCCGAACACAAUUGGAUACAUGCCAACAAUUUCGUGAUAAAGCACAACGUUCACAGCAAAAAUUGCAGAAUUUUAUAAAAUUCGCCAACAAAUUGACGGGUGAUCCACAGGAUGUGCUCAAGCAAACGUCAUCAAGUUUGGAUGAAAUGUUACAUGUAUCAUGCCGUGAAGCAUCUGAGCAUACCGCCGCUGCCGCCCUUACCGAACUUCGUAACAAUAACAAUCAUCAUUUGAAGAAUAAAUCAAUUGCCAGCCCAAAUGCAAUAGUUACCUCAAUACUCAGCAAAAAUCAUAUAGAUCAUUUGGAAGCGAAUUCAGUAUCUGUGAUUCCAAUCGAUGCGGCCAAUAAACAUAACAACGGAACUAAUAUUCAACACAGCGGUGCCGGCGGAGUACCAAAUGCACAACAAUCGAAUCGAAUUUCGGUGAAAAAAUCACUUGGUCAAAUAAAUGCGGCAGUUACCCUAAAUCAAAUGAAUCACAUGCACGCAACAAUGCCACCCGAAGCGGCUACUGCACUUGAAAUGCAUCGUUUAACACAAUUACAACAACAUCUUGAAACGGCUGCCGUUUUAAUGGAUAUCAGUAAAAAGGUGAUCAUUUCACCGCCCAGCUCCAAUCCACAGUCACCCGGUUUGGGUGUUGAUGGCCAACAAAAUGUUAAAAUGACCAUUAAACGUUCGAGUGGCGAUGAAAUCGAUUCAUCGUCCGCAGUGAAACGCAUGAAAACUAAUGCCAAAGGUAAUAACGUAACAACUACCGUUUACCACACAAAUUCAAAUGCACGACCGAGUGCCAGUGUCAAAACAGAGCCAGUAUACAAUGCAACCGAUGAUUCGGAAGGAAAUCGCUAUGACAGUGAUAACGAUAGCAAUGACAGCGAUCCGGGACGACUUGAAAUGGACAUCAGCUCAUCACAUGAUAACGAUGAUACAAACAACGACGCAGUUGGCCGAUGCUCAUCGUCACCGGUUAAAUUGAUUUAUAAGCAUAACAGAAGCUUCAAUAAUAAUACACCGUCCGGUCGAGACACACCAGAAAGCAACAAAUCAGACGAUCAUCGCACAGAUCCAGCUACAACACAACUAUGGCAAGCUUUAGCUAGAUCAACCGGCAAUGGAGCUGGAAAUGAAGCAACACAGCUUUUGCGACAAAUGAUUACUUGCCGAUCACUUGGUCUGCCAAUUCCAUCUGCUUUGAAUAUAUCCCGCAACAUCAACGAUCAACCAAUCUCAUUAGUUAAGCAUGAGGGAUCAAAAUCAUCAUCGUCAGGCCGUCGAAAACAGUCGUGCCCGAGCAAAGCUUCAACAGACAAAUCAAAUGACAACGAUGUACUUGCAAACAUUAAAAAACCGAUGAACGAAUCAAAAAUGGAUCUAUCAAAUGCCAAAGUUUGGGCCAACAACGUUGAGACAAAACCAAAAUCAGCACCGAUUGAAAACAACCAAAGUCCAAAUCAGAAAGAUAUGUCUUGUACAAAUUGUGGAACAUUGACGACAACCAUUUGGCGGCGCAAUGUUCGUGGUGAAAUGGUUUGCAAUGCAUGCGGUCUUUAUUUCAAGUUGCACGGCGUUAAUCGGCCGCAUUCAAUGCGACGUGACACCAUUCACACACGCCGAAGACGACCGAAGGGCGAUAAGUCGGGACGCAGACGGUCUAAAAAUCAAGAUACUGGAAAUACAUCUGGUGCUGAUCAAUCGCCGAAUGGUUUCAACGAUCAACCGGAUCAACAUGAUUUGCAAGCACUUCAAAAUCAUAAUUUGCUAAUUGCGUUGGGCGCUGCUCGCCAAGCUCCUGGUGCUCAACACUUUGCUAUGCCUCCAUUCUUUGAUCCACAUUUCUUGCGAACACAACAAUUUUCUGAUGCUGGCACUGAUGAACGAAUUGGCGAUGAAAACAGCAAUAAUUCAUCAAUAAAUCGUCGCCGGGACGACGAGGAUGACAUCGAUGAUGAUGAAGAUGAAAAUGAUGCAGAUUCAACAAAUCUACCUCUGAAUUUGGUAGCCACACAGUUCGCUGAAUGAAGUCAUCUAUUUUCAAAAUCAUCCAAUGCAAUAAAAUGCAUAAAAAGAAAAGCAAAACCAACAACAAAGACACCAACAACACAAAAAGCCACAAACAACAUUCACCAGAAUAGCCUUCUUCAAGUUGUUUUCAUUUAAUCUGUUUCAAUUCUAUUCGAUGUAUAAGUUCGAGGGUUAUUACACGAAAUUUCAGUUUAUUUUUUUCAAAAUGGAAACCAUUUGGGUAUGUAAAUUUAACCAAAUACGAAAAAAAUGGACGAAAACAAAUAAUAUUAAUAGUAAUUGCAGCAACAUGUUGAUUCUCAUUUUUCGAUUAGUAGGAUUACGGUUCCUUGUGAAUCAAACCAAAAUUAUGUAGGAAACGAAAACCUUACUAAAUGUCGCAUAUCUCUGCGUUAAGUUCCGAAUAAAAUGCUCGUUUUGAUGUACAAAACAAAAUAAUGGAUAAUGAAAUUUUGCAAAGGAAUAGAAAGCGUUUGAAAAAAACACAAGAUUAAUACACACUCUAACCAAUGUGUCAAUUUUAAAAUUGACAACGUGAAUGCUCAGAAGCAUGUGUUUUGUUUCAAAUGCAGAGAUGAAUGAAAGUAGACGGCUCACGAGCAGCUAAACACAAAUUUUGUUUCUAAUUUUUACUAAAAAGAAAUAUAUCGUGAAAUAUAACACAAACACAUAGACACACAAGAAAAAAAGAGAUACAAAACAUUUAAAUUUACAAAUACAAUUAAACACUUACACACAGAUGAACAAAGAAUCUCCAUUAAAACCAAUAAUUUUUUUUAAAUAAUAAUUAUAACACAAAGUUUAAUAUUUACUUAUUAUUAAUAUUAAAAAAAGAGUUUUAAAUUAUACGCAUAGUUACUACUUCUACUACUACUACUACAACAACUAUUACUACUACUACUACUACUAUUUAGAGAAAAAAAAACGCGCGAGAAAAAUAAAAGAAAAACGCGAUCGCAGAAGCUAAUCUUCGAAGUAUUGUAGUUUUUGCAAAUGUAAACCGUAGGAUGACAUUCUAAAUUUGGAGAAAAACUGAACAGUGAAAUAUUAUGAUCAAUGUAUAUAUCGUAUGGCAGAUACUGAGUUAAACAUGAAUCGCAAACAAUGUAUGUAAAAGGGAUAAUAUUCAAGAUUUAGAGAUCAAAAAUGGAGUCAGUUGUCAUGAGUAUGCAUUCAGUACAAGUGCUAGAUAUCUUAUAUCACUUUCACACAUUUAAUCAAGUUAAAAGACCAUUUAUUUUGUAUGAACGCGUGAUUUGUCUGAAUUUCAUUAUCGUUAAAAUGGUUCUUUUGUUCGUAUUUUUUUUUCGUUUCAAUGUCCCAAAAAUUAGAUUCAUAGGGAAAAAUGUUAUUAUUCUAUGUUCCAAGCUCUGAGCGGUCUCGUUGUGAAAUUGGUGUUUAGUCGUUUUUAACGGUGAACUCUAGUGAAUUGAUACGUCCAAUCUAAUCCACUCGAAAUGUGUGUUUGACAUUGACUCGCUUGUGUUUGACAUUGAAUUUUAACAUCACAUUUAACCAGUUGAUUGUUUUGAUUAUAGAGAACGUCGGGCAAAGAUAUAAAUUUAAAUUGAAGUAGUUACAUAACAAUUAAAAUGAAAAUUGCAACAAAAACAUUGGAAAACAAUCAACACAUAAAAAAUGGAAAAUGUAUUAAAA